AUGAAACCAUCCACCCCGCGUCGAUUCUACCUCAUCACGUACCCGCGCACCGGGUCCAACCUGCUCGUCCGCAUGCUGGGGCUGGACAACCAGCCACACAUGAGAGGCGGCAAUGACCGCGGCGGAUACGUCUUCCUCCCGGUCGUCAAGCUGGUGACCGAGCUGGGGCUCCGCAAGAAAGAGGUGGAAGACUGGACCGAAGAAGAGGUCAUGCAGGUGCGACGCAGCUACCAGGAAUGCUUCGCCGAGUUCCAGGCGUACCUGGACCAGGCGUCCGCGGACGAAUGCUCGGUCUUCAUCAAAGAACAUGUCCAUUUCCUCAUCGACCCGACAACCCUCAGCAAGUUCACGUUCCGCGGCACCCCCAAGCCGUCGUGGAUGGUGCAGUAUCUGCCCGAGUCGUGUGAAGAGAAGGCUGCUCGCUUCCCGCGGAACCAGACGAUCCUUCCGGACGAGUUCCUGCGCAGCUGGCUGCCGACCUUCCUCAUUCGUCAUCCGGCGUUGGCGUUCCCGUCGCUAUAUAGGGCGCUGCUGGAGCUCGAGGGUACGGGCAACCCGUGCGAGGACGAGCAGCUUGGAGAGCAUUGCAUGACGAUGCACUGGACCCGGAAUCUCUACGACUGGUAUGUGUGGCAGGGCAACCGUGCGGGCUGGCCGAUUGUGCUGGACGCAGACGACAUCAUGACGGACCCGGGGCUGGUGAGCGAGUACUGUCAGUUACUGGGCAUGGACCCGUCGCUCUUGAACAGCUCGUGGACGCCGGUGAGUAAGCAGCAGCUGUCUCACAUGGACAUUUUUACCAAGCGAUACCUCAGUACGUUGCUGGCAUCGGGAGGCAUUGUCGCUGAUAAGAUCGCGGGACAUGUUGAUAUUGAACUGGAGGCCAAGAAGUGGUGUAGCGAGUUUGGCGAGCGAGCUGGAAAAAGACUUGAACGGUUGGUUCGCGAGGCAAUGCCCGAUUAUGAGUUUCUGAAAGCCAGGCGAUUCACGGCCAAGCGUCAUUUCCAGAAGAAUGCACAUGGAGUAUUGUGUCGAGAUGGGAGCGAAAUGCCUUAG